GUCACAUGGAAGAUACACUCACUCAGAGCCCCAGCCCCAAACAGAUCCUGCCUUUUCCUCAGUGCCCGCUUUGUCCCAGACCCUCUCCUUUUAGCACUUUCCUAUAAUUUCCCAGUGCCUGAAAGGAGAGGGGAUGAAGCCUCCUCCACCCAAGGAAAAAGGGUUCUGGAAACUUCUGACUUCCUGGUUUGUCAGAGAACAAGUCUGGGACCGGCAUCUGGAAGAGGCGCACAUGCUGCAACAGAAGAGGAUUCAGGAGUCUCCAUUGUUUCGGGCCGCCAAAGAAAACGACCUUUGUGCUCUUAAGAAACUUCUGCUGGAAGGAACCUGCAACAUUAGACAAAAAGGAGCCCUUGGGGAGACAGCGCUACACAUAGCUGCACUUCAUGACAAUUUUGAAGCAGCCAUGGUGAUGAUGGAGGCUGCCCCAGAGCUGGUCAAGGAGCCCACAUUGUGUGAGCCAUUUGUAGGUCAGACUGCACUACACAUAGCUGUCGUGAAUCAAAAUGUGAACUUGGUGCGAGCCCUGCUUGCCCACGGAGCCAGCGUCUCUGCAAGAGCUACAGGACUGGCCUUCCGCCACAGCCCCAGAAACCUCAUCUACUUUGGGGAGCAUCCUUUGUCGUUUGCUGCCUGUGUGGGCAGUGAGGAGAUCGUGAGGCUGCUCAUUGAACAUGGAGCUGACAUCCGAGCCCAGGACUACCUAGGAAACACAGUGUUGCACAUCCUCAUCCUGCAGCCCAGAAAGACCUUUGCCUGUCAGAUGUACAACCUGCUGCUGUCCUAUGAUAGACGUGGGGACCACCUGAAGUCCCUGGACCUUGUGCCCAAUCACCAGGGUCUCACCCCCUUCAAGCUGGCUGGAGUGGAGGGCAACACUGUGAUGUUUCAACAUCUGAUACAGAAGCGGAAGCACAUCCAGUGGACAUAUGGCCCGUUGACCUCCACUCUCUAUGACCUCACAGAGAUCGAUGACUCAGGAGAGGAGCUGUCCUUUCUAGAGCUUGUGGUCUCCUCCAAGAAGCGGGAGGCUCGCCAGAUUCUGGACCAGACCCCAGUGAAGGAGCUGGUGAGUCUCAAGUGGAGACAAUAUGGACGGCCAUACUUCUGCAUUCUGGGUGCCUUGUAUGUGCUGUAUAUGAUCUGCUUCACCAUGUGCUGUGUCUACCGCCCACUCAAGCUCCGUGAUGACAACCGCACAGAUUCUCGGGAUAACACCAUACUCCAGCAGAAACUGCUCCAGGAGGCCUAUGUGACUUAUCAGGAUGAAAUCCGACUGGUGGGUGAGCUGGUGACCAUCAUCGGAGCUGUGAUCAUUCUGCUUCUAGAGAUCCCGGACAUCUUCAGGGUCGGUGCCACUUGCUAUUUUGGACAGACAGUACUUGGAGGACCAUUCCAUGUCAUCAUCAUCACCUAUGCUUGCCUGGUGCUGAUGAUCAUGGUAAUGCGGCUCACCAACAUCACUGGGGAGGUGGUGCCCAUGUCCUUUGCCCUGGUGCUGGGCUGGUGCAGUGUCAUGUACUUUGCCCGAGGAUUCCAGAUGCUGGGCCCCUUCACCAUCAUGAUCCAGAAGAUGAUUUUUGGAGACCUCAUGCGUUUCUGCUGGUUGAUGGUUGUGGUCAUAGUGGGCUUUGCCUCAGCAUUCUAUAUCAUUUUCCAGACAGAGGACCCAGUGAAUCUGGGGCAAUUCUAUGACUAUCCAAUGGCAUUGUUCAGCACCUUCGAACUUUUCCUCACUGUCAUCGAUGGGCCUGCCAACUACGAUGUGAACUUGCCCUUCAUGUUUGGAGUCGUCUACUUUGCUUUUGUCAUUAUUGCCACACUGCUUAUGAUCAACCUGUUCAUCGCCAUGAUGGGUGACACACACUGGCGGGUGGCCCAUGAGAGGGACGAGCUCUGGAGGGCGCAGGUUGUGGCCACCACUGUGAUGCUGGAGCGGAAGCUGCCUCGCUGCCUGUGGCCGCGAUCAGGGAUCUGUGGGCGCGAGUACGGGCUGGGGGACCGCUGGUACCUGAGGGUUGAGAACCACCAUGAUCAGAAUUCUUUGCGAGUGCUUCGCUAUGUGGAAGCUUUCAAGGGCUCAGACAAGGAGGAUGGACAAGAACAUAUUUCAGAGAAACUGUCCUCUGUGGUUGAGAGUGGGACUCUAGCCAGAACCUCCCUGGCCAUCCCUACUCCCUCCUUGUCCCGGACCACAUCCCACAGCAGUAGCAUUCACCGGGGCUGGGAGAUAAUUCGGCGCAACACAUUGGGGCACUUAAACCUUGGAUUGGACCUUGAUGAGGAAGAUGGAGAGGAGAGAGUCUAUCAUUUUUGAUUAGGUCCCUAGUUACUCUUG